AUGGAGACCGCCAAAAGAAAACAGAGUCAGGAUGAGAAAACACUGGAGCUGGAGGGUCUUCCAGAUGAUUUUCACCGUGUGAAGUCCAAACUAGAACUGUACUUCAAGAACAAGAGACGGUCUGGAGGAGAGAUCCUGGAGAUCCAGGAGCAUCCAGAAGAUCAGAGGAAAGCUCGACUUAUCUACAUGGAUGAAGGAGAAUUAAAUAAAGUACUGGAGAAGAGAGUUCACCAAGUGGCUUUUAAAGGACGGGGACUUGUUGACGUGACGGUGAAACGUCUGGAGGACGAGAGCUCAGCCUUAAAAAAAAUGAAACCUCCUAUUUUACCCAAACCCAAACUGGAAAAACUUGAACUCAGCAAAUCAGCACAAGCCGCUGACGUCCAGGAGUCUGUCUCUGAAAUUCCUGAAGAAGCGGAAGAAAGCUCCAGUAAGCAGGACUUGCUGGUCAGCACCACUGACAUGAAUGAUAAAGAUACUCUGGAAAUAUAUUUUGAGCAGUUCACAGAAAAAGCAGACCUCACAAAACAUGGGAAAAACAGCUGGAUCCUAAAAGUAGCCUCCCAGUCAGAUGUAGAGAGGAUUCUGGUGCAGAAGGAGCAUGAUUUCGGCCUUUCUGUGGAGGUGUAUAAAGAACAAAGUAUCUCGGAGUUCUGCGAUCCUCGGCGCUUCAUCUUAACAGGGUGCAGUGGCAAAUACAAAUGCAAAUAUAUAGAAAUGUUUAUUAGCAGCUGUUGUCAAAAAGCAGAGCAUAGCUGGGAGCUUGUGGAUGAAGACAGGAUUGUGGUCACCUUCAAAGAAAACAUUGAUGCAAAAACAUUCCUGACAAAGUGCACCACCAAGAAGUGGAAGGAUAUGGACCUUGGAGCUGCUCAGCUGGAGCUUACAGACUCAGUUCUGGUGCAGGGAGAUAUGAGCAGAAUAAAGGAAGAGUUCCUCACCCUCUACUUCAGCAACAACAAGAGGAGCGGUGGAGGUGAUAUCAAGUCUGUGACGUGGGUCAACAAGCUGAAAAGUGUGGUCAUAUCCUUUGAAGACUGUCGUGUUGCACAGCAUGUUGUUGAGAGGACCCACCACAUAAGUGACACAGAUCUUAGUGCUAUGCUCUUUUACCCAAGUCUGCAGAAGGCUCUGAGAGGGAAGUCACCUGAUUUGUCCGAAAUCACCACAAAGUUCAGCUUUCCUGUUUGUAAGGAGGUGCUCGGAUUUAUUGAAACAAAUGAAAAGCACAAAAACGAGUUUCAGGAUCAACUCAAGAAGGUCCAUGCUAACUUAGUUUUCGACAAAAUCCCAUCUACUCAAGAGAUAAAGCUGGAGAUGGACGUGGACAUGGAGUCUUUAGCUGUGCUGCAUCUUGGUCCAGCCUGGGAGGGUACGGCCAGAAGACAAGCAGAUGCCUUUUUGAUGAAGUACAGUACAGCGGAGCUGGCAGCUGAGGUUGAGUUGUGGAAAAGGAUAAAGGAGGACUGUCACCAGCUCAUCAGCUCUGAUGUCGACAUCUCCUUUGAGGAAACUAAAGGCAGGAUUGUCCUAGUAGGUCUGAAAGAGGUGGUCAGUACCCUUUCGACCAAGGUACAGAACCUUCUUAAGGAAGCAGCUACAGAAUUAGAAGUAGAGAUGAACACUGUUGAUAGAGUGAUUCAGCUGAAUUCGAAAGAGGUGUUUGAGUUGGUAGCAGAACGAGUACAUUCCAAAAUUAGCAGUGAAGUUUUUUCCACAGAUGAAAGUAGCCUGACCUUUCGUCUUAAAGGUUUAAAAGAUGUCGUCAGCGCUGAUGAGAAGGUCAUCAAUCUGGUAAAGCACAGCAUCGUCCUUCAUGAUUUGAGGUUCUCCCCACAUCUCCUUCAGUUUCUGAAAUCCUUAGAUCUUAAGAAAUUCGAGCAGGACCAUUUCGCCUCAAGCCAUAUCGCAGCUUAUUUUCAGAGAGAUGGAGAUCAUCUUGGGAUUCUUGUAGAGACAGAAAACAUCACAAAAGCAGAAGACAAAUUAAAAGAGCUCCUUAAAGAAGAGGUCAUCCAUGUUACAUCUGAUUUAACAGCAGUGAAAACCAGUGAAAACUGGCUGAACUUCUUGAAAACACUUGAGGCGGAAGUGAAAUUUAGCCAUAAUGCACAUCGAGUCACCAUUACACCUUCUGAGAAGGAGAUUGUGAUCUGUGGAUUUGCUCCAGUGGUGGCAGACCUCUCACAUAAAGUAAGGGAUUAUCUGGAGAACAAAACACCAGAAACUGCAGAAAUCCAACUGAAAUCUUUGCGAGAAUUGGAAUUUGUCGACUCCUGUGUGAAUUUAUCAGAAGUUCCAGAAAUCCGUGACCUUGGUGUUACAGUACUGGCUUGCAGGACAGAUGUUACUCCUUGUUUGAAGGUUACAGCAGCAAAGGAAAACAUCCAAGAUGCCAAAAGCGUGGUGAUGAAGCAUGUGUCAUCCAUUGCUGUGGAGACUCUGGCUUAUUCUAAAGCAGGAGAGUCUAAGGUCAUACACAAGCAUGAAGCUAACGUGAAGGCCAAAGCCAAGGAAUGGAACUGCCAGGCCUACCUAUCAAUAGAGAAAGCAAGCAGUACUACUCCCACAAAGAGUUACACCCAUAAAAUAAGCAACUGUCUCUCUUUAACAAUAGCAGAUGGUGAUUUGCUGAAGCACACAGCUGAAGCUUACGUUUGUCCAAUGAACAGCAAACUAAUCUUUGAUAAUCCAGUUGCUCAGAAGUUCCUUCAAGUCGCAGGUCCUCAGAUUCAGGCAAUCUGCAGCAAAGUCCAGAAGGAAAAACAAAGUUUACUCGCUGGAGAUACCGUCAUCAGUGAAACUGGACUUCUCAAUGCCAAGACCCUCAUUUAUGCAGUCCUGCCCCAGAGUGACCAAUCACUGAGCACUUGUUACAUGGAGUCAGCCAUUCACGAUAGUCUCCAGAAAGCAGAAACCAGUAAAAGUGCCUCUGUUGCGAUGCCAGUAAUAGGCUGUGGACCUUUCGGGUUUUCUGUUAAAGACAGUUGCAUGGCCAUCAGGAAAGCAAUACUUAAGUUCAGCAGUUGUCAUCAACAUUCCCCAAGCAGUAUAAAGGACAUAUUGGUGGUGGACUCUAAUCCUGACGUAGUGGAGGAGUUCAACAAUCUCAUUUCUCAACUGGGUUUCCCUAAUGUAUCUGCAUCGACCAGUUUUGCAAAGACUACCUCAAUGAGUCCUUUAAAACCUGUGAAACCUAAACCAGGAUCAGAUACAGAAGUGACUGUUCAUGGAGUGCUAGUGUCACUCAAAAAAGGAGACAUCACCAAAGAGACAGUGGAUGUCAUUGUCAAUUCCAACAACAGUGCAUUAGAUCUCAACACUGGAGUUUCUGGUGCGAUUCUGGCAGCAGCUGGGCAGUCAGUUGUGGAUGAAUGCAAAAAGCAUGGUCCUCAGAAAGCAGACGGGGUGGUUCUGACAGGUGGAGGAAACCUGUCCUGUAAACACAUCGCUCAGAUGGUUGGGCCGAACAAUGCUGCUGAUAUCACCUUGUCUAUUGAGAAGGUCCUGAAACUGUGUGAAGGUCAGACAGCUGCCACAGUGGCCAUCCCUGCAAUCGGGACAGGGAGGGGUGGGAUUGGAACUAAAGACUCUAUCAAAGCUAUCAUCACCGGACUGGAAAAUCAUAUGGCUCAGGUCCAGACAUCCUGCCUUAAUGAGAUAACUGUGGUCGCAUUUGAGCAGAAGGUUUAUGACUCCUACUGCGAUUAUUUCAAAGAGAGAAACAAGAAGCCCUCUCUAAUAGUUGCUCAGACAGCCCAUACCAAGAUGCCUGACAAUCAAGUUAAAGUCGCAGGGGUGAGGAUUGAGGUGAAGAAAGGAAACAUCACUAAUGAAACUGUCCGCGGCAUCGUGAACACCACUAACAACCAAAUGAACCUGACAAGUGGUGUUUCAGGGGCCAUAUUCAAGGCAGCAGGACCUUCAGUUCAGCAGGAGUGUCAAAACCACGGUCCACUUCAGAGUGACACAGUCGCAGUGACCAGCGCUGGAAACAUGCAGUGUGAUUUUAUCAUCCACAUGAUGGGGCCGCACUCCGCUGCUGAGGCGCAGUUACGGGUGAGGAAAGUUCUGGAACGAUGUGAAGAGAAGCAAAUCAGCACCGUUUCCUUCCCAGCUGUUGGAACAGGUGGAGGCGGGGUUAAGGGAGCAGAGGCCAUUACUGCUAUCCUGCAAGGCUUUGAAGACCAUUUAUCUCAACGUACCUCUACUGCCAUUAAACUCAUCUAUGUUGUUGUAGACCGUGAUGAAGUUCUGAAUGAGUUUCUGCAAGGACUGAAACAGUGGACCUCAAAAACCAAGAUAGAAAUGCAGGACAGUGAUGAGGAAUCUGAGGGGUCUGUAUGUGGUGACGAUAGUGAUGAGUGGGAGGAUGAGGAAUCACUUAUUGCUUCAGGAGAAGAUGAAGAAUAUGAGGAGGAGGAAGAAGAAGAGGAAGAAGAAGAAGAUGAUCACAUAAGUGGAACGACCACAGAAGCAAUCAUUGGACGCAUUAAGGUUAAAGUGAUUUGUGGGGACAUCACGAAAGACACCACAGAGGCCAUCGUCAGCAGCACUAAUACCAACCUUAAUCUAAGCUCAGGGGUUUCAGGAGCCAUUCUCAAAGCUGCAGGACAGACUGUCGUGGACGAGUGCAAGAAACUCGGUCCUCAACCCAGUGAUGGUGUGGUCCUGACAAAAGCUGGAAACCUUCCCUUUAAGAACAUUGUCCACAUGGUUGGUCAGACCAGUGAGAAGGAGAUUACACGCUGCAUGUAUAAUGUUCUGAAGAAGUGCGAAGAGAACAAGAUCCAGUCUGUUUCAUUUCCUGCACUUGGAACGGGAGCAGGAAACCUGGCAGCAGGUCAGGUGGCGAAAGCCAUGCUUGAUUCUGUGGCAAAUUUUGCAAUUGACUCACCAGCUUUUUUAAAAACCGUCCAUAUUGUCAUUUUUCAAGCCAAAAUGUUGCCUGACUUUGAAGGUGCUCUGAAGACAUUCAAGAAGAUCUCUCCAAAGCCCUCCCCAGUGUCCAAGCCCAAACCAGUAAAGCAAACCCUACCUGUAACCAAGCCAUCCAAAGCACCACUGUGCCUUUCGACUGAGACAGCUGGAGUCACUUUCCCCGUAAUGAAAGUAGAAGUAUAUGGGACCUCUCGCGCCGAUCUUGCUAAAGUCAAGACAUUCCUGGAUAAUCUCGUUAAUGAAGAGUGCAUCACCACAGACAUUUCAUCAGAACAUCUGCCCAGCCUUCCUGAAGCUGACAAGGAGACCAUUGUGUCUCUCAGCCAAAGCAAUGAAGUGCAGGUGCAUGUGUUGGCUGUGGACAAGCUGACCGUAUCAGGGAAGAAGGAUGAUGUUUACGAAGCUGUACUGAAGAUCAACAGCUUCCUCCAGGCAGCCAAGGAACGGGAGCUGCUGAAAGUAGAGGAGAAGAGACUGAGCAAGACGCUACGAUGGGAGGUGGCAGACAGAGAGAAGUGGGUGCCGCUGGACUCCAGCAUUAGCUACCAACUGGAGUUAGCCUUUUACCGGAAAGAUCAGAACUACAGUUACCAGGAGAAAGGGGAGACCUACACUGUGGACUUCAAGGACUUGAAGAGAGUUAACAGCAAGGGACAGUCUUGUAACGUCAAGAGGACUCUUCUCGGAGAUGCAGAAACAGCCAUCAUUCACCCUCCGCCAACAUGGACCAAAAUGGGUGGAAAAGACCUGGAAAUAGUAGCCCUUUCAAAAUCAGACGAGUACAAAAAAAUAGAGCAGGACUUUAUAAACUGCAGUAAACACGCAGAUGUGGCACCUGUGCAGGUUGUGGAGAUCCACAGAAUUCAGAAUAAAGGGCUGUGGCAGAGGUACUGCGUACUAAAGCAGGAGGUGGACAAGAAAUACCCCAAGCAGACAAACGAGCGGGUUCUCUAUCAUGGCACUACUCUUGAAAUCUGCCAGAAAAUAAAUAAGAACGGUUUUAAUCGGAGCUUCUGCGGGAGAAAUGCUGUUGUUCAUGGCGAAGGCACCUACUUUGCUAAAGACGCAUGGUACUCCUGCCAGGACCAAUACUCCAACCCAGAUCCAAAUGGACUCAAGUACAUCUACAGAGCCAGGGUCGUGACGGGGUCACCAUGCAAAAGCCGAAAAGGAAUGAAGGAGCCGGACCCUCUGGACCCAAACAACCACCAGGCUGGUCUCCACAACUGUGCUGUGGAUAAUCUGCAGAACCCGUUCAUCUUUGUGGUGUUCUGUGAUGCAGGAGCUUACCCAGAUUAUCUCAUCACCUUUAAGAGUGUCUGACCCAAGACCGUUUGUAGCUUUGCAGUACUUUUAUUGUUUUUGUGUUGCAUAGUUAAAUUGCAAGUACAUUUAAAUCGAUACUUAUUAAUAACCAAAUAAUUGAAAAUAAAAAAGGGGGAUCUCUUUUCCACUUCAGUAAUAAUCUUCAGUCAAUAAUCUCUUAAUAAUAUAUUUUAAUGCAAAUUAUGGUUACAAUGUGUGGAAAGCUACAGGCCUUUAUACGCUUUGUAGUGUUCUAUUGUUAUUAAUAAUGCAACACAUUUUAAGAAAUCAAGUGAUUUAAUCAAUACUGUUCGUGCCUUAUCUAAUAGUGAUGCAGACUCAGAUUUUGAUUCAUGUUGUGUGUUGUUUUCUAAUUGUUUUGAUACUGAAUGAUUGCCUUUUAAGAAGUUUAAACAAGUUAAUAAAAAUGCUGCCCCAAUUUUUCACCAAGA